AUGAACUUACCAAAAACUAGAAAGGGCAUACCAACACGAAACCACGCAAAACUUGACGCCUCAAAAAAUGAAGAAAAAGAAAAGCAGAACCAAAAUAAUGAUUCUAUUAAUGAAAACUCUCAAUCAUCAGCAAAUUCACCAAAAUCUUUAAAAACCACAACAAAUAAUAAAAAAACAACUACAACUACAACCACAACCACACAAUCUAAUAUACAAGCAUCAUCAACCUCAACCACAACAGCCGCAGCCACAACCUCAUUUAAUAACAUUGAAGAGAAAAACUCUUCCUCAUCUUCGUCAUCACCAUCUUUACCAAUAAAUAAUCAAAAUGAUAGUCAGCAACCUCCAUAUCAUUACCAACCACAGCAAAAUAUUUUAAACCAUCAACAACAAAAUUCGCCAGUUUCAUCAUCACCAUCAUUUGAUGAGCGUAACAAUAAUAACAAUAAUAAUAAUAACAUUAAUAAUAAUAGUAAUUAUUUUUCAAUUAAAAACUUACCACCUUUAAGUUUAAAUAAUCAACAACAACCUCAACAACAAAAUUAUAAUAUAAAUAGUCAACAAUCAAAUAACAAUAAUAGUUAUCUUCCCUCCCUUUCAAACUUUUCUAAAAAUUAG